UGAGGAGCUCGGUGCUUUGGGGCGGAAGAGAUCAGACAUUCCUGCGCUAGGCUCCUGGGCAGAGCUCCCGGCCGGAGGGUGAAUGAGGUUGAUGUUGCUCUGCUGUACCUGGAAGGACGAACGCAUGGGAGAGGACGAAGCUGGGGGAAGAUUGCCGUUGUGUGCAGGAUGCAGACAGCACAUUUACGAUGAACAAUACCUGCAGGCCCUCAACACCGACUGGCACACCAUUUGCUUCAGAUGCUGUGAAUGCAGUGCCUCACUGUCCCGCUGGUACUAUGAGAAAGAUGGACGUCUCUUCUGUAGGAAGGACUACUGGGCCAAGUUUGGAGAGCUGUGUCACGGCUGCUCUGAGCCCAUCACCACUGGGCUUAUCAUGGUUGCAGGCGAGCAGAAGUAUCACCCCGAGUGUUUCACCUGCCUGAACUGUCGCACCUUCAUUGGCGAUGGAGACAACUACGCUCUGGUGGAGAGGUCCAAGCUCUACUGUGGACAUUGUUAUUACGAGACCAUCGUGACCCCUGCAACCCUGCCCGACUCUCCAUGCUCACGAGUACCUCACACAGUCACGCUGGUGUCCAUUCCGGCCUCCACAGAUGGAAAGCGUGGCUUCUCUCUGUCCAUCGAUCAGGGAACCAGCCCAAACGGCUACAGUACUGAUUACAGCCACACAGUCCGUGUGUCACAGGUGGAUUCUGAGUGCAUCAGUCCUGAUGUGAAGAACUCCAUACAUGUUGGUGACCGUAUCCUGGAGAUCAAUGGCACCCCCAUCCGAAAUGUUCCGGUUGAUGAGAUCGAUUUGCUCAUUCAAGAGACCAGUCGACUCCUGCAGCUCACCAUCGAGCAUGACCCCCUCGACUCUGACAACCCCGCCAGCUCAUUUGAGGAUCAAGUGGACGGCCCGAGCCCACUGCCUCAGAGACUCAGCCCGGUUCCACCAAUCACACAGCCACCAAAUCACGACGGCCACAGCCUGCGCACUCGCAUGAUCACGCGUAGCUACAGUAUCGAUAAGUCGCCGUGCUCCAGUAAUGCUGCAUCCCCCGUGUCUCCAAGAAAGGAUAUCGGACGCUCCGAGUCUCUCCGUGUCGUGUCAAACCGCACACACAGAAUCUUCCGUCCGUCCGAUCUCAUCCACGGAGAAGUGCUUGGAAAGGGCUGCUACGGUCAAGCUAUUAAGGUGACCCACAGGGAGACGGGUGAGGUGAUGGUCAUGAAGGAGCUCAUUCGCUUUGACGAUGAGACCCAGCGGACCUUCCUUAAGGAGGUAAAAGUAAUGAGAUGCCUGGACCACCCCAACGUCCUCAAGUUCAUCGGGGUCCUCUACAAAGACAAGAGGCUGAACUUCAUCGCCGAGUACAUCAAAGGAGGCACCCUCAGGGACAUCAUUAAGAAAAUGGACAGUAAUUAUCCCUGGAACCAGCGAGUGAGUUUUGCCAAGGAUAUUGCAUCUGGAAUGGCCUACUUACAUUCCAUGAACAUUAUUCACCGUGAUCUCAAUUCUCACAACUGUUUGGUCCGAGAGAACAACAGUGUUGUAGUGGCGGACUUUGGGCUUGCUCGCCUAAUGAUAGAAGACAAGAACCAGGACAAACUUGGAAAAAUUCAGGGUGUGAAGAAACCAGACAGGAGGAAGAGAUACACGGUUGUGGGCAACCCUUACUGGAUGGCUCCAGAAAUGAUUCAUGGAAAGAGCUACGAUGAGAAGGUGGACAUCUUUUCCUUUGGCAUCAUGCUGUGUGAGAUUAUUGGGCGAGUCAAUGCAGAUCCUGAUUACUUACCCCGAGCCAUAGACUUUGGCCUCAAUGUGAACGGUUUCCUGGAGCACUAUUACCCUGCAGAUUGCCCCCGCUCCUUCUUUCCACUGGCUGUCUUGUGCUGUGACCUGGAUCCUGAGAAACGGCCUCCUUUUGCAAAGCUGGAAGAAUGGCUUGAGAAGCUAAAGAUGCACUUGAACAUGCGCUUCCAACUGGUCUCAGACCUGGAGCAGAUCCAUCUAGAUUUCUGGCAGAAGCAUCCGCCUGAUGAGAACAAGCUGUCCACUCAUCGAGAGCAGCCCGAAGAGCCAAUCAGGAUCUGAUCUCAUGGUGUUCAUUCCGAACAUUGUGGGGGGAAAAAACCUGCUGGAAAAGGAGGGCUUGAGUAUUGGUGCCAUUUCAUGCUACUGGACUGGCAUUCAGGGAAGUUCCCUCCAUAACUAGAAGUCCACAGUAGGAUUUGGAGAGCACAGUUGAUGCGGACUCAGUGGGUUUUGAAGACAACAUGGAAGAAAUGGCUCUCCUUCAUCCUGAAAUCCAGGGCAUCAUUCCUCUACUGUCACUUUAGCUUCUCCACUGUCUCAUCAGAGUUAUUCACAUCCAGUCCACCCAUUUUAACUGGAUUAUUGAUGUCACGGCUUGUUAGGAAAUGGUAUAUCCAUCCAAUUUUCAUUCAAGACUGUGUAAAAAGGACCCGUUUUUUUCUAGAGGCACCGUGUUCUCCAGACAAGUCAGACAAGAAAGUAGCGCAUGUUUGUAAAUAGUCUGUUUUUCUGCACUACUUGUUGUUUGGCUUUGAAUACAAGACAAAAUGGACUACUUUGAGACGAAUUAGUGUGUAUAGAAUGCUUCCUUUAGUUUUGUGUCAAUCCAUGUACAGUAGCUUUGACAAUGUUUCGUCAACAACAGGGGUGUCAAACUCACUUUGGAUAACUGGGCACGUUAUACCUAAUCCAAAGUCAAGUGGGAUAAUAAGACAUUUCUCUGAAUGGUACUUCAGAACACACAAAAUGAUGAAACAUAUUUCACAUAGAUGAACUGAUGCCAAUUCAUUACGAAAAAAACCCCCCACAUUUUCCGGAUGAUGAUUUUACCAUACUGUGCCUUGCAUAAGUAUUUACCCCUUUUUUUAAAUAUAAUUUCUUUAAAAAAAAAUAAAAAAUUAAAUGUUAAUGCACAAGUAUUUCCCCUAUUUAUGAAACCCCUAAUUUAUUUGGAAAAAGUCAUGCUUAUAUAUUUGAACGAAUGAACUUGCUGAAGAAGACUUACCUCUCAGUAGCACAUAAGACGUAAAUUUUUGCAGUAUUUUGUCCUCUUGUAAAAUAACAUCACUUUUUCCCCCCAUAAAUUAAGAUAACUUAAAAAAAUGGAUUCUUGAAAUUAAUUCUUUGAGCCACAUUAGGGUCAAACCCGGCCACCCAUGUUUGACACCCCUGGUCUAAAACAAGGUACACUCUCGGGUACAUUACACCAUCUCCACCAGUAAGUCCAAGACAUACUGUAUAUAUAUAUAUAUAUAUAUUAAAUAACAUAUUGCACAUGUUUCGACGUUGUACAGACAUAUUUUGUAUACAGGUAUGACAUAUUUUUAUUGGCUAUGGGUUACAAUGAAAGCCCGAGAGACUUUCAUUCCAUGCAAAACAGGAGAGUGUGUGUCUCGUAUGUCUUUCUAUAGGUGUCCAGGACUUUUUUGUUUGUUUUACCAGCUGGAUUUCUUAACUGUAUCAUUUGCACACACUUUAUUUAUGUAGUAGUACUACACACUGUAACAUUUGGUCUCUUACAAUAAGGUGCAGAAACAGUGUUCUGUUGAGGCAAUGGGAUCAGGUUCAUGAUCAUCUUGUUACAUGUAAACUCUGUUAUAAUAUCGAGGCUGGUUUAAAUAUGGUGAAAAGAAAGGAAAUCGGGUUCCAAUCCCAUGCUUGUGGUUUUAGUCCAGUGCCGCCUCAGUGAUGUUUGCCUUCGUCUCACUAGUGUGUGAAACUCCCUAUGGGAGACGUCCUGUUUACACAAACUUGCUGCCUGUAAAUAUGUCUGUUUAUGUGGUCAAACCCAGCUAUUUUCCUUGUUUCACCCCCCAAGUUGUCGGGGACCAGCUGCAUGGUGCCUUGGCUGUGUGAGGGUUCCUCCAAAAAACAUUGGCUAUUCUUCUAACACAGCAAAUACUGUUUUUCUGGAAGUAAACACAAUGGAGGACUGUGUACAGAUAGCAGUCACAGGCCAAGAAAUGGAGAAAAGAUCUUUUAUGUAUGAACAGAACCACUGAAAAAAAAUUGUAUAGAUUUUCCACUGAUUUAAUUUGCACUAAAUAAGAAAAUGGUGAUCAAAAGAAAGUUGGACCUUUUUUCCCCUUCCUUUCUUUUCCUAAUGGUUACAGUUAAAUGGAUCUGUUGUAUCAGAAGCAGACAAAUGUACUGGUUCUUACAUGAAUGCAAGACACUGAUGGUCUUUUUUAGUUUUUUGAAAAACAUCAGUCCUGGGAAUCAUUUGUUCUUUGUAGAGAUGUGUGUGUGUAUAUGUUUAUUGUCUAGAUAUAAGGCAUCUACUGUACAUAAGACUCAUUACAUCCAUGAGCGUGUAAGAGAGCGAGAAAUCGCUUUUUACCCUUUGUCAUUCUCCUUUUUUGCAUUAAUGUACAUUGUGUAACGUGACGGGAGAUUGUAGGCCAGCUAUAUUUUUUAGUUCACUGAUUAUAUUCUAUAUACUUAUUUUUGCUGAAACCUAUGAAAGCCAUAUUUUCCCUAGAUGGGACUUGGCAUCACAUUGUAAUAAGCCGAAGUGUGUCAAAUUGCUCACACUAUACAUGUAUGUAACAUAUUGUAGAAUAUGCAAUAGUACAAGAGGAAAAAAAUAUAUAGUAAACAUACAUUUCUGGGUAAAAUCUGUGGCUGUUUUCAUACAUCUCGAUGGUAUUUCAGUACUUUUAUUGUAAGAGUUUCUUCCAAGUUUGAUAAACAGGGGUUUGGAGCCCACGGGUUCUCUGCUGCCUAAAGAAAGAUCCUUUGUGAAAGAUGUUCUGUUUCAUAACGACUGCUUAAACGUACAAUGUCAUUUUCACCGAAUGCUGCUUCACCUCCAUUGAAAGCACUUAAUGUCCUAGUCUAGUAUUGAAUAUUGAUAGUCUAGCUCAGGGCAUCAUUAUUGAUAAAAAAAAAAUUACUGGUAUUAGUAUUCCACUUAAAGUACAGUGAAUAUCUUAAUGUGCACGCUUGGCUCUUCACCAAUACACAGUAUAUACAGCAAAGUGUACAUUUUGAUCCAUGUGAAAACUGUAUGGGCAUGUAAUCUGGAUGUGUUUCCACCUUUAUUUCAAGCAUGAUGACUGAGCUUAUGUGCGAAUGCUGCAGCAGUCCUUCUUUGCAAAGGAUCGUUUUACCUCUGACUAUUGCUGUGCCUUUGUUUUAAGCUAGCCUUGCCAACGAAUUGUAGAGCAUUUUGAAUUUUUUUGAUUAAGUACUUUGAUAAAUUAGUUUUUUCUGUCAUUUGCUAAUCCCUCAUGAUGAGACUUCCUGUUGCUUUCUAUAUUUAUGCUGUAUUUUCCAUAUAUCCAUUGUCAACUUUGUAUUUUGUUUUACGACAAUUGUUUUGUUUUUUUUUUCAUUUAAUUUAAUAGUCGUACACAAGCUGUGAAAAAAAAUGUUCUGCACUUUAAAAUUCUGGCCAUGAAAAUUGCGAAUCCAAGGAGUCGACUAUAUUUGAUUGCAGCUGGAAUAAAACUGCCGCUCCUUAACA